CAGAGCUGAAGCUGCAGAGGACACCGUUACUGUCAGCAGGGUUUUUCUACAGAGGAAGAACAAAGUUUAGAGAGGAUGUGGAAAAGAGGGGAGCAGAAAGGGGACAGCAGCAACCUCAUCGCCAUGGAAACAAACCCGGAGAUCCACUACGGCAGCAUCACUGGGGAGGCGCCGCAUCAGGUGCAGGACCGGAACGUAUUCAGCAAUGGAACCACUCGAAUUGAUUUUGUCCUAGUGUGGGAGGAGCCUCGGGGGGCUAAUGAAGACAACUCAGGUGUGAGCUCCACCCACACGAAGUGGAGGGAGGAGUUUCUGAGCAGACUGAAACAAGCAGGCCUUCUGCAGGAGCAGAAAGAGGUCCACCAGGGAAAGAAACGGAUCUGCUUCAUCCUCCUCAGCGCUCCGUGGAGUGUCCUCUGUUACUAUGCUGAGGAGAUAAGUCUCAGAGUCCCACUGCAGGUGGUCACUGCUCCAAUCGCUAACUGGUCUGAACAUCUCCUGUCCAGCCUGUCCCUCCCAAACCCCCUCUGCCAGGAAGUCCCUAACCCACCACCUGACUACUACACCUGUCAGUUCAGAACCAACAAACUAGAGAGGUUCCUGGGAAGUGAGGACAAAGACACCUUCUUUAAGACCACCCAGAGACACCAGGUGCUGUAUGAGAUCCUUGCCAGAACUCCAUAUGGUUGUGUGAAGAAGGGGGAGGUGGGCAUCGACCGGCUGAUCAGUGAGCAGGUCUUCACUGCAGCAUACCCACUGCAUGAGGGGGAUUUCCAGCUGCCCAACCCACCAGUGCCCAAACACUCUUUAGGACUGAGACAAAUCCUCCAUCAAUACUGGUCCAAGUGGUCCUGCUGGAGACGCUACCAACCCCUGGACCACAUAAGGGAGUAUUUUGGAGAGAAGAUAGCUCUGUAUUUUGCAUGGAUUGGUUUCUAUACUGGCUGGCUGCUACCAGCGUCUCUGAUUGGGACUCUUAUAUUCCUGGUUGGUUUAUGGCUCGUUGCCACUGACAUCCCAGCGAAGGAAGUGUGUGAAAGCGGAGACACUUUCAUCAUGUGUCCUCUCUGUAACAUCUGCUCUGCCUGGAACUAUUCCAGCAUCUGCAACACCUAUAAGGCGGGUCUCCUGUUUGACAAUGGAGGAACAGUGUUUUUCAGCGUCUUUAUGUCUUUGUGGGCUGUCACCUUCCUGGAGUACUGGAAGAGAACAUGUGCCGCUCUAUCUCAUCGCUGGGACUGCUCUGAUUUCCAGGAUAUUGAGGAACGUCCCCGCCCAGAAUUCACUGCCAUGGCUCCGAUGACCAUGAGAAACCCGGUCACUGGUGCUGAGGAACCUUACUUUCCAGAGAAAAAACGGUUUAACAGAACUGUGACUGGAUGCAUGGUCAUUAUCAUCAUGGUUUCUGUGGUUUUGAUGUUUCUCAUUGCUAUUAUUAUUUACCGUACGAUACUCACUAUCAUCAUCUACAAGUCAGCUACAGCUGACAGCUUCUUCAGCUUCUCCGCUGGGAGGAUAGCCAGCCUCUCAGGAUCAGUCUUAAACCUGAUUGUUAUCCUCCUGUUGUCAAGAGUAUACAUCACGUUGGCGCACAUUCUCACACGUUGGGAGAUGCAUCGCACUCAAACCAAAUAUGAAGACAUGUUCAUCCUCAAAGUGUUCAUCUUCCAGUUUGUGAACUUCUACUCAUCUCCAGUUUACAUUGCUUUCUUCAAAGGCAGGUUUGUUGGUUACCCUGGAAACUACAACACUUUGUUUGGAGUUCGCAAUGAAGAUUGUGGAGUGGGUGGAUGUCUUAUUGAACUGGCUCAGGAACUACUGGUCAUCAUGGUGGGAAAACAGCUGAUCAACAACAUCCAGGAAUUUAUAUCCCCUAAGGUAAAGUCAUGGUGGCAAAAGAAGAAAAUGCAUCCUCGACUGAAAGAGAAGAAGGACAAAGCAUUAGAUGAAGUUCACACAGAAGAGGAACUUUCUCCUUGGGAGGCCGAUUACCAGCUGUUGGUCUGUGAGGGGCUUUUCAAUGAAUAUCUGGAGAUGGUGCUUCAGUUUGGUUUCAUCACCAUAUUUGUGGCAGCGUGUCCUCUCGCUCCACUAUUUGCUCUCAUAAACAACUGGGUGGAGAUCCGUUUGGACGCUCAGAAGUUUGUGACUGAGUACCGCCGCCCUGUGGUAGAGCGAGCCCAGGAUAUUGGGAUCUGGUUUCCCAUUCUGCAGUUCAUCACACACAUGGCUGUCCUCAGUAAUGCUUUUCUUAUUGCCUUCACUUCAUCCUUUGUGCCCCGGCUGUACUACCGCUACACCAGAGACAGCACACUCAGGGGCUAUGUUAAUUUUACUCUGGCAACUUCUCCACAGAACUACUCCCAUCAGUACCACAACACCUCCUGCAGGUAUCGGGGUUUCAGGGAUGAAAAAGGAGAACACCUUCCGGAGUACUUUCACCUUCUCGCAAUUCGGCUGAGCUUUGUCAUUAUCUUUGAGCAUUUAGUCUUCUUUAUUGGCCGACUGAUCGACAUGGUUGUUCCAGACAUCCCUGAAGAGGUUGAAAUGAAGAUUAAAAGAGAGCACUACAUGGCUAAAGAGGCCUUGGCAGAGAAUCAGUCUUUGGGGAGAACCAUGAUCCCGGGUGAUAAGGACGUGCUAUCAGGUGGGCUGCGUCAACGUGGACCCAGAGCCCCACAGCCACAGAGUGAUUCUCCACUCGUAGAACUGAAUGAGAUUUCAGAUGAAACAGAUCCAACAAACGACUGCUGAGUCCUACUGCAUUUGACCUGACUGCCAUGAGACAGAAUAUGAGACAGAACAGCAGUUCCUUCACGGAUCCUCUGGAUAUUUGCUAGACUAAUCUAAAAUAAUCCAUCUUUACAACAUGCUAGCACUUUUUACUUUUUUAAAGUUAAAAAGAACUUCUCCACUAUUGUCUAGUGAAACUCUCCACUACCAUAUACAUCUGGACUCAAAGACCUAUGAGAAGUUUGUUCAAUGGCCCUAAAUGCAGAUUUAUUCUUCGAAACUAGGUCGUCUGCGUGUCACAUUGAAUGCAG